CUUCUCUCCCCGCGCGAAGGAAAUGGCGACCUCGUCGCCGCCCCCGCCGCUCCUCUCGCAGCAGUGCCCUCGUGCUGCUCCUCUCCUCCUCCGCUGUGGCCUCCCUGCUCCACCCUUCGCCCUCCCCCGUCGGCUGCGCCUGCCCCUCCGCCGUGCUCCGCCUCCCGCGCGCGCCAAGUUCGGCAAGUUCGAGGCAUCCGACGCCCCCGCGGGGGGCGCCGGGGAGGCGGAAUCGGAGCCGGCGGCGGAACAGAAGGCCGCAGAGGAGGACGACAGCUGCUUGCCGUCGGACUUGGAGGGCGCGAUAUGGCAAUCCGGGAAGGCGACCGCCGAUUUCGUCAACUCCGGGGGCAUGCGAGCCAUUGCAGAGCUACUGAUUCCUCAGCUGGAAUUCCUGAACGAGGAAGGAGCACAGGCUGAGGUCUGGGCACUGUCAAGGAUAUUUCUGGAUACACUUGUAAAAGAGACAGGCCAGAAAGUUAAGGCCAUUUUCCCUGAUGCUGGAGCAGCUGCCCUUCUGAAGUAUCAGUGGACAGAUGCAGGGUUCAAGUGCGCCAGCUUAAGUGACCGUAAACCAGUUGACGUUGAGGAUGAAGUUGUUGUUAUGGUUAUCCCUGAUCAUCAAAUGGUGGAAUCUGUUGAACGCAUAGCAUCUCAACUCUCUGAUGAUCCUAUAAGACCUCUUGUCAUGUGGAAUCCACGCCUUGUUAGCGGAGAUGUUGGAGUUGGCUUUAAUGUUCGGAAUCUGCGCAGAAAUUUCCUAAGUACUUUUACCACCGUUUACUCAAUGAGGCCAUUGCCAACUGGUGCAAUCUUUAGACAAUAUCCUGGAAAGUGGAAAGUAUUCUAUGAUGACCCAAAUAGGCCUAAUCGGUAUUUGCUUGCCCGAGAACUUGUAAGCCGGCCUGAUGCAACAGACAUUGAGAUAAUAUUCGGAGGCGGUGAUGAACAAUCUGAAGAGGCACCAUCACUGAUGAACAAUGUCAUGGGCGUGUUCAGCUCCAUGAGCCGGUUUAUGAAAGUCAUCUCCAAGUGAAAAUCACAGCCAAGGCUAUUGUUCAUAUUUGAGGCCGUUGAUGAGAAUCUUUCUGUCUUAUUCAUGAAUAUGCAAGAAGAUGCAUGGUUAUCAUGUGCCUCCCAGCAUUGGCGGUGUUGGCGUGUUGCUUACUCUGCAACUCCAUGAGUUACUGGCUGCAUGCUGCUACUGUCUACUGAUGAAUGGUGUCUAGUUCGCGUUACAGGCCGUGCACGUGGUUGCCAGGAUGUGUAUGCGCACACAAUGUACUGUAGAUUACUCUGCAUCUCUGGAUGAUCUUAAACCAUGCAUAUUAACUCUUAUAUUUAUUUCUAUAGCUGGAUAUAUAUUUAUGUAGAUAAAUACCCUCUUCAUAUUUUGAGAGAUGAUGUUGUUGACUUUUUAAGUACAUGUUUAACACCAUUCAUGUUAUUCAA